CGUCGUGUCUAUCGCCGUCCUCGCAGGCUCCUGUCACAGCCACUGUCCCUGCCGCGAAGUCCGUCGCCGUUGCUGCAGCUGUCAGCGCCGUCGUCCGUGGGUGACGCAGAGGAGAGAGAUCUGGGAGGAAGGGAGGAUCGGGACCUGUCCAGCCACCGCGCACAGUUGCCGCUCCUAUCGCCGGCCAUCCUCAUCAAAUAUGCUGCCUCCAAAGCUUCUGGCCGCGACUUCUGAUCGCGCCUUUGCCGCCGGAGAGCGCUGCUGCCACCGAAAACCGCCUUUGAAGCCUGUGUAUGUUGGAAACUGCCGCCGGAACCCCUGUCUUCUUGGUUUGGGUUCCGGUAUUUAUGCGUUGAAAUUAAGGUUGUUAUUGAACCACCGGAGCUUCGGGGAGUGCCGGAGCUGCCGCCUGAUCGGUUCAGAGGGUCACUGCUGCUUUGUUUCUCGUGUGUUGUUGCCGCGAUUCUUGAUGCCGCUGUUGAUAUUGUCUGAUAAUAAACAAGGUUGCUGCCGUUGCUGUAAAAUUGAAAAUAAACAAAAGAGGAAUUGAUGAGUCUAACUACUGAGCUUUGACUAAAUCGAGGUAGGGGUUUUUCUUAAAAUCUAAUUUACAUUACAGAGUUGUGAUAAAUAGAUAUUGAUGCAAAAAGAUAUAUUUAUGUGAUUAUAUUUGUCUUGUGGAUGUAAUGGAUUGUUGGACUGGAUUAUUGGGUGCUUGAUUGCUUGAGUGAAGUACGGUUGUUGAUAAGAAAUGGAUUUGGAAAGUUAUUUACUUGAUUAUUAUGAAAAGUGGUUUUUCUUGGUUUGAAGUUAAACCGGUUUGGUUUUGAGUCGGUCUGAUUUUAUAAAUAAUUUAAUACUUGAGCUGGUUUGACUUUAAAGAGUUUCAUUAUUGGAAUUGGUCUAAUUUGAAAAUACUUUGAUACUGGAAUUGGUUGAAUUUUGGAAAGUGUUGAGAUUUGGAAAUGGU